CUGCUGCUAUCGGAUCUGUGAUGAUAUGUGAUCUCCUGGAUACAAUCAGGCACACACACAAGUACCAGGCACUCCUGCUCAGCUGAGCAAAAUGUCUUUCUCCUGAAGUGGUGCUCAUCACAGCCUCCAGAUCCUUGACGAUGUUGCCAUGCUUUCCUUCCUGCCUCCUGCCUUUUGCUGGCUUUGCCUGCCUGCUUUUCCUGCCUGGGGGUCAUCUUUGCCCUGCUGUUUGUAGCUGUAUGGACUACCACACCAUAGACUGCCGGGAUCAAGGACUCCCAAGUGUUCCCAAUCCCUUCCCAUUGGAUGUACGGAAACUUCUUAUAGCUGAUAACAACAUUCAGGCAAUACCAGCUGACUUCUUUAUAUUUUAUGGAGAUCUAGUCUAUUUGGACUUCAGGAAUAACUCCCUCACCUCUUUAGAAGAGGGCACUUUUAGCAGUUCUACCAAACUGGUGUAUUUAGACUUAAGCUACAACAAUUUAACGCAGCUCGAUGCUGGGAUAUUCAAAUCAGCAGAGAAACUGAUAAAACUGAGCCUCGGAAACAACAACCUGGUGGAUGUGGACGAGGCUGCUUUUGAGAACCUGGACCAGCUCCAAGUGUUAGAAUUGAAUGACAAUAACUUACAGAGCCUGAACGUGGCAGCCCUGGAAGCGCUGCCCUCCCUGCGGACCAUCCGCCUGGAGGGCAACCCCUGGGUGUGUGACUGUGACUUUGCCAACCUCUUCAGCUGGAUCCAGGACAAUGCAUCCAAGCUCCAGAAAGGUCUCCAUGAAAUCCAGUGUUCCCUGCCCGUGGAGAACAGGAGGAUCUUUCUGAACGAGUUAUCUGAGGUCAGCUUCAGUGAAUGCAAAUUCAGUUUGUCAUUGACAGACCUUUUCAUCAUCAUCUUCUCUGGAGUCGCCGUGUCCAUCGCUGCGAUUCUCUCCAGCUUCUUCCUGGCCACCCUGGUGCACUGCUUCCAAAGGUGUGCUCCCAGCAAGGACGAUGAUGAAGAUGAAGAUGACUGUGAGGACUGAACUCAGUCGAAAUCCUUAAGUUUCCUGGGUUUAUCAGUUACCAGAUCAUCAGCCAAAGUCAAUGAGUGAAAAAAAAAGUAGAGUGAAAGCUUUAGACAUGACUUAAGCUCACAAUGUGUAAGGAUCUCCUCUAGCCA